UGCGGUCGGCCGGGUUCGAGGCUAGACGCGCCGGCGGUGCUGAGCGCGAGUGAUCGUCUGCUCGCAAAUGGAAAGAGCGCCUGCGCCUCUGCACUCCGCUGGUUCCCACAGGCGGUGCGCGUGCUUGGCGUAACGAGUGCCUUGGAUCUCCGUGACGCCUCCGCAUGCGUUGAGGAUCCGCCGAGAGUUUGUGCACGCCACGAACAUGCCGUUAUAGCGGCGGCCGCAUCUGGGCCGACUGGCAGCGAUGUUAAGGAUUUCACUACCGUCGCCGGCGAGAGUUGUGCCAUCGAAAAGUUCAUCUAGCACCUGGUCGCUGCUGUAACUGACAAGCUGCUGUUUUUUGUUUCGUUGGUUUGUUUUUUUCGUCUUCCGUGCCUGUCUCUUGCUUGGGACAUCCAAGUGACCUGCAUCAACCAUGGACAUCUUGCCGAGUGGAAAUAUCUUUCAUGAGCUGCAAGCGAUCCACGACACUGGUUUUUUCCCGGCCCAGCCGUCGCUGGAGGAUUUCUGGCAACAGACCAUCUGGGAGAUGGACCGAUACCUAAAGGACGAGCCCCGGGGCGCGACGUCCAAGCGCUGCUCGGGCCGCGAGCUGUCUUCGUCGACGGAUGAAGCGGCGCGUCUGUGGGAAGAGUGCAGCAGCCCCGCCGACGCCAAGCUGCUGCUGGCCGACUCGGGCAUCGGCAGCAGCGACUUGGGCGACUCGAGCGAGGCCGAGGGCGACCGACUCUCGGACGACCUGGACUUUGGCGCCGGCGCUAUGGACAACGCGAGCGAGAGCUCGGCCUCGAGCGCACUCUCCUGGGAGAGCGACGGCUCGGCCAAGGCCCAGCCGCCAUUCAGUCUGGUGCAGCGCGCCGCGCUCACGCCGCCGUCGUCGCCCGAAGCUGCCAGACCCCGUGCGGGCCGCAGCGGACGCCACGUCGCCGAGCCGAGCGGCAACACAGCCGCCGCUCCGCUGCUCGCGGCUGCCGGGGCCGCCGCCAAGCAAGCACACUUCCAUCACGCGGCUCGCGGCGGCCGCCGCUUCGACGUGGACUCGAGCAAGCGCCGCAUCCACCGAUGCCAGUUCAACGGCUGCAAAAAGGUCUACACCAAGUCGUCACAUCUCAAGGCGCACCAGCGGACGCAUACAGGCGAGAAGCCGUACAAGUGUUCGUGGGAAGGCUGCGAGUGGCGCUUUGCCCGCUCGGACGAGCUGACGCGGCACUACCGGAAGCACACGGGCUCCAAGCCGUUCAAGUGCAACCACUGCGACCGGUGCUUCUCGCGCUCGGACCACCUGGCCCUGCACAUGAAGCGCCACCAGUGAGAGAGCGGCGCCAGCAGCAGCAGCAGCAGCGAGCACGACCCGGGCCCGCCGCGCGGAGCGCGCCUCCUCGUCGGAACACCACCACCCCCUCCCCUACCCCCCAUUUUUCGGCCCCCUCCCCUCUUUCUCGGUCAUCUCUGAGCAUCAUGGCACGAACGUGUCCUCCAAAUCACUUUUUCCCGCACGGUAAUCGAGCCAUUUUGAGGACUCGAGGCUGGCAAAAAAAGUUAUCUGCAUGCGAAGAGUUGGAGUUGCUCCUGCGAUUUACUUCUUAACCACCACUCCCGUGUUGCGAAUGCGCGGCGUUAGCCCGACCGAUGGUGCACGGAAUGAUGGUGCAUGGAAUGUCCGCGUCACAGCACUCUGCCGGUUAAAUAUGCAAGUGAAUUACAACGUUAAAAAAAAAGAAAAACCAACAAAAAAAUAAUGGCGCCUAUCCUUCAGAUAAAAAGGCCUCACAUGCGCUUGCCCCCCUUGCAGCAGCAGCUGCCAGUUGAAACCCGAAUGAGCAUUUGUGCACAGUGGUUACCGCGUCUCGCGAAUGCUUAGUUAACGUCUUUUGCUAGCUGUUCACUUGAAACAGGAAUUUUCAAUAUUUGAGCGCUUCAGUUUUAACUGGAAGUGUCCUGUGCACAAAGACCAAAACCAACACGCUGCGUUGGAUCCCACUUUUCUGGCAUCUCCGUGUAACUCAAGAAAAACAAGAGGGACAAGAAAAGGUCGGGGUCAUUUGCAUUUCUAUUUCUGCAGUCCCACUCAUCUUUUAUUUAUUUCUUCAUCGAGUACGCUAACACUUACGAAGCGCGCUCUCGAUCCACGGCACGGACGACUUCAAUGCGUGUCGGUUUUUUUUUUUUUUUUUUUUUUCGGUCACUGGGAGCUACCGUGCGCCCCACGCCCCACCGCGUCACACGACGUCCCACCUCGGAGCGCCUGGACAGCUUGCAGAGCCCUUAUCAGCGCGCACGUCUCAUCUCCGCUUGAGUGUGCAGGAUUUCUUACACCAAAAGAAGAGCAACUAAAGAGCGCGGGUUCUCUAUUGCUUGAUUCCUACCCGAAAAACGCACGGUUUGGAACGGCGAUGCUGUCCAAAACGGAACGCAAUUUCCUUGCCGCGUCCGACGGCUACACCAAAGACUUGCGCUCGCUUGUCCUUCGAUCUUUCCUCGGGCGGGCGACAGUAGCGCGGCCUCCUCAGCGGGUCUGCCAGGAUGCUUGUAGAAAAGGAACGGGGAGCGCGGCCUCUUCGCCACGAGGCUCGCGCGGAGGCGAUCGGGGAGGUUGUUUUCGACAAGUUCUAGAGAGAGAGUGCGUCGCGUGCGCGGGGAACGCAGGACCUUCGCGCGGGACACCGUCAGGAGCGCGUCCUCCCUCCUUCCCCCCCUUUUUUCCCGAACCCUGCCGCUCCCUUGGAAGGAUGACCUCGUCACGGCGCUCAGUGACUGCGCGUGGACGAAUGUUCGACGACGCCAGACGACGCCUCGAGGAGUCGGCGGCCCAACCCCACAAUUCCCCGGCACCACCGCCGACGACGACGCGGAACGUGUGGACAAUGCUGCUUCGCGUUUCUGAAAGACUUUGACUCGAACCGUCUCGCUUGUGGAUGUGCGUGUGCGUGUGCAUGCAUUACAUACUGGUGUUCGUUCCCCUCGCUACACUGUCCCCCGCCCCCUCCCCUUGAUCCCCCCUCCUCUCACAUAAACACACACACACACACACACACGUACACAUACAAACAUGCAUUCUAUAUUUCUCCAUUUCAUAUGAGUCCUUGUUGUUUGUUACGGUAUGGAGUAAUCUUGCCUUCUAAAGCGCCGUUACAUUUCGCUCCAGUUGCUCUCUGACUGGCUACUACAAUUGAAUGUCUUUCCCUUCUUCUUUUAUUGCUUACGUUAUGCUGUCCAGUAAAUGACUCUUGUAAGCAAAUCGUGGUGCAUCCACAAUCGUUUUUUUUUUCGUGUUUUUUUUUUUUUUUUUUUUCAGUGGAAAUAUGUCAUCUUAGACCAAACUAAACGAAAAAAAGAACAAAAAAAAUACGAAGCUAUGCGGACGCCGUGUGGAGCUUCCAGUGGUUUUCAGUGAACUUUUUUACAUUUUGUUUGUUCAAAGGCGCUAACACUGCCUGCCGAAGUGUGAUGGCUUGCGGAGCCGUUUGUGCCAGCAGAAGCGCCUCUCGUUCAGCGCGGCGCUGCAGCACACGCAGCGAGCAGCCGGGGAGGACGCAACUCCAGAACGGUCGGCAGCCAAGCCACGCGACUGUGUACAUUUAUGUGUCUCAUUCUCGCGUUCUUUCUAUUCUAUACGUGUUCUUGUGCGCAUGCUUGUAUGAUGUUCACAGCUUACUUUAGUUUCUGUCAUUAUUUUUUUCUUUUUUUUUUAUAUAACACUUACGGAUUUUUGCGGCUCGGAAAGCGAGCCGCUUCCCACCGCAGAUGCGAUCGAGCACUGUGUCGCAUAUCGAGCGGUAGAAGACGCCGUGUAUAAGAGAAACUUAGUUUUGAUUAAUUGUUUGUUGUUUCCUUUUUUUCUUUGUCGUUCUCUCUUGUGUUUUUGAGUAUCACAUAUAUUUUAAUAUCGCCCCUUUUCGCCUGUCAGCACCGUCCCUUCCCAAUUUUAUGUGACCUUCAUAUCCAGUUUCUUAAGUAAUACGUCGUCUUGUUGUUGAAAUGCAGUUUUUAUGUCGCGUAUGUUGUGCAUGAGACAGAGCUUGUAUAUGUAGAGACUAUUGCUUUCGCGAUUGUUAAUCUUUUUUUUUUCUUCUGUAUACUUUGAUGAAUCAGUACUGCCCGCAAGUGCAAAAUGUCCAAGAAAGAAAGAGAUGAAAUCAAUAUUCAGGAACUUUGACCGUUGUAUAUAGAACGGAAACACCUGUUCUGGAGAGGACGUCAAUUUUCCUGGUUUCUGAAAAGUGCAAAACAUUUUGCUAGUACCUCGCGUAUUUUCUUUUAAGAAUCGCACGUUACAACUCGGGAUUAGACAAAAUGCCUCAAAUAAGAUAAUUUCCGAGAUGAAUUCUGCGUAAAGUGCGCAACAUAGGUAAUCAGUUUCGAUUGAGGGAUAAAUCAGCCAAAGGAGGUGAUAUUGAACGACUUGUCUCUCUUUGAACAAGCACGAAGCAUACCACUUCUACGCGGGACUGGGCCAGCGAGCCGAACGGUACGCGGAUUACAGUUCUAAAUGACCAAAACCAAAUGGCAUUAUAAUGGAAACGUUUUUCGUGCUAGUCUUUCGAUUCAUUGAAAGGAGAAGAAAAAGAACUGUGCAUCAUUCAUAACCCAAAUACGACAAGACUGACAUGCAGACUAUUAACCGCAGUGCACCGCGCAUAAUCAUACUGCUCUAGUCCCGUCACAAAAUAUGCUUUUUUGUGUGUGUACAGAGAGAAAGAUAUAUAUAUGUAAAUUCGUCCAGCUGUAUUGGAACCAAAAAAGCUACAGAAAAAUCGACAAAAAAAAUACCAUAAAAAAAAGGAUGUGUUUGCUUCUGCCCAAAUCCUACUUAAACCGGUCUUGCAUCGCUAUUUCCUAGAGCUGUCUCAAAGCAGAGUAUUCAUGGGUCGCAAGUUAGAAGCUCAAAAUGGACAGGAAAAGCCUUAGGGGAAGGAAGAACGAUUUAAGGGAGGUUUUAUUCACUACACCCAUCCCGUUGCAUACUUCAAAAGUGCCAUGUUUUGAGAGUCGCGUGUUGGAUACAAAGAGUGUGAAGCAAUGUUUCCUGCGUGUAAUCGUCAUGUUGUUUUCUUACGUUUUACAACGCAAUUCCAACUAUCAUUCUGCUUGUUUACCAUUUAAGAGUGUUCUCUGUUCCUCUCGAGUGCAUUGCGCGCGCAUUGUGCCACUAGCGGCUGCUGUUUGUUUAUCGCAUGUCAUUGAUACAUUGCCAUUGUUUUCUCCGCAUCGUCGCUUUCGAGCUGCUUCAACUCACCAGUGAUCGUGCGUGCGCGGUUGUGUCUCCGCCAACACUGCUGUGUGGACGGCGCGACGCGCCACAAACCGCGACGAAGGAAGACGAGGGGAGAAAAAUGGAGCAAAGGGCGAUCGUUGUCCAGCGCGUUUGGCCUGCACGGCUCUGGAACACUCGGGCGGAAAACAUCUGGGAUGUGGUAGAUUUUUCGCGGACCAAACUCUUUGCCAGGUUAAGGAGAAAAAAAAAAAAAAAAAAGGACGGGCACGGGAAAACAGAACCUUGCAGACAGUCCUAGGACGCUUAGAGCAUUUAUAUAAUCCAAACGAGGUGAGACUGGACGCUUAGAAAGCUUUUUAUAAAAGAGAAAUAAACUCACGACAUCGCAGG